AACCUGCCUGUGGUUCUUCACGGCCCGAUCCAUUUCAAGGUUGAAACAUGGGGGCUUGCCGCGGCUGAGAGUACCGCACGAUACACCACUCAAUAUUCAACGCAAAGUAAAUCUACAAUGCGAAAGUAACUCCUUUAUUACUGUUUUUACCGCUGUUGUUCAGACUCUUAUUCUAUUGUCUUGUCGGACACCAUGCCGUGGACCGAAAUAUCACCUUUGGAGAUCCUGCGAUCACAAUACAGUGCAUUGCCUUAUCCAACAACAACCUGGCAUGGGAAGACAGUCAUCGUCACCGGCGCAAAUGUCGGAAUAGGUAAAGAGACGGCCCGACACUUCGUGCGACUCGCCGCCAGCAAGGUUAUCCUAGCUUGCCGGGACGUCGAUAAAGGCAAUGCUGCGAAAGAAGAAAUCAAAACUUCUCUAAAUAAUCCUCAAGUUGUCGAAGUCUGGCACCUAGACCUGAGCUCAUUCGAGAGCGUGAAGGAUUUUUCCAUCCGCGCUAACGGCCUUGCUCGCCUAGAUGCCAUCGUCGAGAAUGCCGGUGUGAUGUCAACCAGCUUUGUGCAAUUUGAGGGUUUCGAGCAACAAAUCACGGUCAACGUGAUCUCGACCUUUCUCUUGGCUCUUUUGAUCCUCCCGGCGCUUCGACGCACUGCUACACAAUACAAUGUCGUGCCACAUAUCGUGGUCGUUUCGUCAGACGCCCAUAUGUACACUAAUUUCCGGCAUCGCGAUGCACCUGAUAUCUUCGAAGCACUCAGGGGCACUGAUCAUAUGAACGACCGUUAUGGCGACUCGAAACUGCUACAAAUUCUUCUCACGCGAGAGUUGGCGAGGCAGCUAAGCGCAUCCAACAAGCCGCAACUUAUUCUCAACAGUGUAAGCCCCGGAUUAUGUAGGUCACAACUUUUCCGGAAUGCGCCAUGGCCAGUCAACUGGUUCAUGCCGAUAAGUUUUUUUUUUCUGGCCCGAACCCCCGAGAUGGGGUCAAGAGUACUUCUCGCAGCUGCCACUGCUGGUGCCAAUACACAUGGGAAAUAUCUCCAAGAUUGCGAGUUACACGCCGAAAGUCGCUUUGUUCGAAGUGACCAAGGCCAACGUGCUCAAGCGAGAGUGUACGAAGAGCUUAUGAGGAUCCUAGAUUGUAUCGCCACCGGGAUUCGAAACAACAUUUGAUAGUAUGAAGCUUUGGAGAGAGAGAGAAACGGGUAUAGAAGGGGGGGUAAUUGCGUAGUUGUACUUAUGGGAACCGCUGGAAGACUGUGUGACACUGCCUUUCGAGGAUAAGGAAGACGAAACAGAGACGUCGAGAGGCACACAAGCUAUC